UAAUCAUAACUUUCAGGCCAUUUCUGUUGUGUGAAACAUUCAGAACUUUAUCGGAUUCCUGCAGAGCAUCAGACAUUCAUCAUCCUGUCACACAUUUACAGAUAUUGUAGUAAAAGUCUUCAAUUGUGUUCAUUUAAGGUUUGACUUUUGUCAAUUUGAAUAUACAUUUUUUUCAUCUUCAGAACUUUUGGAUCAUAAAAUUUUCAUCAGAUGAUGAAAUUCCCCGAAGUCUUUUCAUGAUCAAUCUUUAUUGUCCACGUUUUGUCUGUGUGGUCGUUCAUACUUAGUGUCUGAGGACUGAGCCUCACUGGGAGCUCUUGUUUCUGACUGCUUUUCACUUAACAUUUAAAUUCUAGUCCAUUAUCGAAUCCGUCCAAACAUCUUUAAAACACAUCGCUUUCCGCAAACUCAAAAGCUUCACACCACCAAAUUCUGCUGCACCUUUCAGUUUGGAUGUCUGACAUGAGUCUUUGUGCUUUUCUAUCCUGUUAGUUACAUUUUUACACAACUUUUUCAUCACAAGUUGUCCUGAAAACGCGUCAUGUUUGGUUCGGGCUGCUGUGCUUGGGAUUGGAGCGUCGCCGUCCACGAGCUCGCUGUCGGUUUGCAGUAACAGUUUCACGUUGGCUCCGGGCUGGAUUUGAGUCACACACAGUGAGUGGUCAGUUGGCUCGCAGGCCUGCGCUCACCUAUCUCUGCUGCCAGUGUGUGCUGCUGAACGGUGAUAGUUUUACUCAUAUCUGAGCUUUAGAGCUGGACGGUGGGGGCCAAGCGUAACGAAGUCUUUUUUUUUUUUGCAGUUUCUUGAGUGUUAGACCUGCAUCCAGAGGUGUGUGGAGCAUGAAGUCUGCCAUUGUUUUAGUAAAGAUGGAAAAGAAAAAGUUGCGGCUGCUGCUUGAAUCCAUAUUUAUGUGCAUAGAGAAGCGCCUGCCUGCGUCCAGUCUGAAACUCUGCUUCAUCCGACGCUCUCUGCAGCAUCCAGACCUCUCACUGUGGGAUGUCUGCUCUCUCUCUCUCUGUAUGUUGCAUCCAUUUAGAUCAGUUUGCUCCUUUUUUGUUCUGUUUAAAACGUCGGAUGAAAGUGUUGUCUAAAAAGCGCAUCUUAUAAACAAGGAUAAAUUGAAUGUAUUUGAGUGUGUGUACAUGGAAAUAAAAGAUGUAUUCAUUCUAAAAAGGAGUGCAGUGAAGCCAAUCAUUGACCAUGUUUAGGAUCCAUUAAGUCCGUUUUUUUUAACCACUUUGACAUUGUUUUCACGUUUCCUCAACCUCUGGUUCCCGUUUCCACGGUCAGUGCCGCUUCUGCAGGGACUCGGCUCCAUUUCCAAACAUUUACUGAUUUAGCACUUCAAAAAGAGAGUGAUUUAGAUUUUAGCUCAGCGGAUCCAAGAACUCAAAUCAGCCAUCCUUGGCAUUGAUCACCGUUCCGCUGCUGGUCAGGCUGCCUCAGCCGCUUGGCCAGUCGUGCUGAGACGCGCUGACUUGUAUUGAAACUGAGCGGAGAAGGGCGGCUGUGGACAGGAGCCCCGUCCUUAUCGCGGGGGGAGAAGCAGAGUUGCCUUCCAGCUCUGAUAAUGCUGGCAGAGUGAGGAAAGUGCGCGGGUGCAGCGCACAGAUAAGAAACCGUUUGAGAUCCGCUUCUUACAGUAUGAGUGAGUGCGGUUUCCGUUAUGUGCGCACGAGCAGGGAUUAAUUUUUUUUUUAAAUCUAUCUAUAAAUCUAUCUAUCCAUCUGUCUAUUCAUCUUUGUAUAUAAAUAUUCAUAUAUGCAUCCAUCUAUCUAUCAAUUCUUCUGUGCAUCCAUUUAUCCUUCUGUUCAUCCAUCUGGUGCGCUUUUACGCACCGCAUGUCCAAUUUUGAACCAUAUGCAUCCGUGAGCGCGCGCCUUUCACGCCCAUCAACACAUUCACAAACUUUGCGCCACGUUUCUGUUGCCCCACCUCUUUUACUCAACCACUCACUUUUUUUGGAGGACGUAAACACCUCGACCGUGCGCCUUAUCGCUCCGCAGCAGGCGCGCAACCGCGUUGCAUUAUACCCCGGCACAUCCAAAAAAAAAAAAAAAAACACACACACACACACACAACAAGCGCCCCCCCCCCCCCCCCCCCCCCCCCCCCCCUUCUCCAAUCAGGCGGGCGAGAGCUGCAGCGGCGGCCGUGUUUGUGAACAGGUUGUCGUUCAGUGAUGCAAGGUGGACCACGGCAGCGAUCCGGAGUCUUUUUCUGGCCUCAGAGAAGACAAAAGGAUGACAUGUGAUCACUUGAACCGGCUGCUGGUGGCUCUUUUUCUCGUCUUCUGGGGCGCGCGACCUGCGUGCGUCGUCCAGAGCGCGCGGGACUUCGAGACGAAAGCCUCCAUCCUGCUGAGAGAGGAGCCAGAAAACCCAAAAUGCUUCGCUGAAAGCAAGAAUGACUUCACGUGCUUCUGGGAGGAAGAUGAGGAGAGGGCCGGCUCUGUGGAUCAGUACACCUUCACAUACGCCUACCAGAAUGAGAACAGCAGCAGGUGUCCGCUGAGGGUCGUCCCCGCGUCCGGCGGGAAGAGACACUUCGUCUGCCACCUGGACCGGACUCAGAUGUUCGUCCAGAUGGACAUCGAAGUUCACCGCGAGGGGAUGAUGAUCCACAACCGCAGCCUCAUGGUCGACCUCGUCUUGCUCCUGGACCCUCCUGCCAAUGUGACGGUGAGAAGCACGAGCCAGCAGGGCCAGCUGAACGUCAGCUGGAUCCCCCCUCCUCUCAAGUACAUGGACGACAGCAUGAUGUACGAGAUCCUCUACGGCCCCGCGGACGGCCAAGCCAAGCAGGUGAAAGAUGCGCGGGCCAGCUCGCAGGUGAUCCUCAGAGGCCUGCAAGCCAGCACCAAGUACAGAGUACAAGUCCGUGUGAAGCUGGACGGGAUCAGCUACAGCGGCUACUGGAGCGCCUGGAGUGACCCGGUGUUCAUGCAGACUCUGCCGGCAGAGCUUGACCCGCUCAUCCUGUCCCUGAUGCUCAUCAUCUCCUUCAUCCUCCUCCUGCUGUCCGUCGCGAUGCUCCUGUCGUUCCAAAGGUUAAUAACAAAGAAGCUUUGGCCCACCAUUCCAACUCCUGACGGCAAAUUUCAAGGUCUUUUUAGUGUUUAUGAAGGAGACUUUGAGGAGUGGUUGGGCCACACCAAUGGAGGCUUCUGGCUGACUCCAGCUUCCGUCUACUCGGAGGAAUGCCCCUCUCCUCUGGAGGUGCUCUCAGAACUCAGCGUUUGCCCCGACCUGUCCUCCCCGCCUCUGCCGCCCAAGAUCUCUCGGGCUUCGACGGGCGGCAGGAAAGAUGAUAAGGAUGCAAGGAAAGGGCUGGAUGAACGCGCGCCGCUGGAGAGGGGUGAUUCGGGUCUGUCAGACGGGUGGAGACCCACAACGCAUGACCCCUGGCUGAUGGACCGCUUGAGGGGACUGCACCAGCACCCCGUCCCCCGCUCCCAGUCCUCCCUGCUGGAGUCUCACGACGCCUACGUCACCCUCAACGGCAACAACCGCGGCGAGGACGAGCACCUGGACAACAUCUUCGAGGAGAACCUACCCCUCGAGGUGCUCUUCGCCGGGAAAAAGGCAACGCUGUGCGAAUCCCACUCCGACCUGGGGUCCGUGCAGCAGAGCUCUGGGUCAGGCCGGCUCUCGUCACAGUCCAGCUUCGAGUACCCGAACCACGCCUGGCUGUCCAAAGACCCCGGGUACACCUACAUGGCGGUGGCGGACUCGGGGGUCUCUAUGGAUUACAGCCCCAUGAGUCGGGUCGACGACAUCGGGAAAGUGGUCGUUUAUGCCAACGACUACAAGAAUGAGAUCCCUGCACAGAGAAGAAACUUUCUGCCAAGGCAGUACCCUGUGCACCAUGACGCCUGAGAGCUGAGGCGGUAACCAGAGGUGAUGGGGGCGAAGUGGGGAGCGUGGACCCUCAUCAACUGUUUAGAAAAAAGAACCAGAGAGCGGACUGAUACCAAGGCCAAAGCUCAAAGUCCCUGAUGUGUGCAGGACACCAAACAAGAAACGGCAGCUAUGACUGACGACCGAUACGGAUAUUCAAAGCAAAGGUUUGCAUUUCGAACCAUCAGCAUCGUACGCUGCAGAUUCCAGCGUGAAUCUUAGCUUUACGAUGAGGAGAUGAGCUCUGUGUUUCCAGAAUGAGAUGUAAUUACUUCUGUUAGAUGUUUAUUUUCGACAAAACACUUUCUUGUUUUUCUGAUAUGUUUCUCAAUCCUCCACCCUGAGCAUCUCAUGGGUUACAGUACUCCAAGUGUCUCCUUUUCCAACAACCCUCAUUGGAAUGAAUGGAGGUUGUAGAGCUCCUGAUUUAAAUCAGGCAUGUUGGCAAAAGGAAGCGUCAAAGACAUUCUGGCCAUGAACCAAUUAAAGGGGCUAUUGGAGAGUUUGUUCCAUAAAUAUUACAAAUAGACUGAAACCAACAAUAAUUCCAACCUUCCUGAGAGCAGUACCUGUUUAUCAUCCAGGCAUCGAGCCACAUCUGAGUCAAAGGGGAACAUCCUUAGUUUAAAAUUUCCAAUAUGAUAAUGGCACGAGGCAAAACGUUGACCGAAAGUAUCGGACUAUCGUCGGUGUUCGAGCUCGUCAUGUUUGGUCUGGUUAAAUGAAUCCUGGUAAGGAUGUUAAGAUCGCCCGCUCUUUUAUAGUUAAUGACUUGAUGGGCUUAUGAAAAAAUUGUAACACAGUAUGAAGUCUGAAUGGUGCACACACUGAAGAACCAAACACAGAUGGAGACGGGUUUCAGAAUUGGUGUAUCUGCCUGAAUUAACCUCAUUGAUGUGCUUGUUAAAGAAUUAUUGCACCUGUUUGACACAUUUUGCCAGCUGUUGGGAAUCACACCACGAUAAUCCAACAAACAUCGGAUAUCAAGUGUAACAGAUAUAACAGAUAUAGGCCUACAGCAUUGUUGUGGAAGCUGUGUUACACAAUUAUUCAAUUUUAGAAAUACUGAAAGGAAAACAAAGUAAAUAAGAUUAAAACAAAGCUUUUUGUGACCAGACCUGCAGCACAAGUGUGAACACCACUGUAGAAUAAUCUACAUUUUAAUCUGUGAAUAAAAAAUAGACUCAAAAGUCUAUAAUUAACUUCGACUUAAUUAAAGUCUCUCAAAUCGCUAAAGAGCUUCAUUAAAAAUUUACUCUAAAGUUACAAACAGGGAAGUCAAAAGGUGGCUGAAUUGUUGGUUUUGUGUCUUUUGGUGGGAUUUGUAAAUAAAAAAAUAUGAUCAUUUUAACCCUUUCAAACAGUGACUGGACAUCUACAGCCUUAUUUUUUCCGUAUUUUUUUCCAAUUCUGAAACUCACUGUAUUUGUAUAUAAAACUUUAACUUCUGACUUUCAUAUCUAAUCACGAUUAUUGAAAGAACACUCAAAUCAACACAAAGUCCUGAAUUCCAUGAAGUCACAUAACUUCUACUGUAGACUGUGAAUUACAGAUUUAAUGCAAUACUCAUUCUCACUGUAGUCGUUAUUCACUUUUAUUACAAGACAGAACACUUAGAUUUAGAACACUUAACUCCAAAUUUUAUAUUCAUGCUUUUUAUGCUUGUUUGCAUUUGUUACUCUUGAAAUUGUAGCUGAUAUACAACUUUCCAAGUUGGUGUUUGAUUGUUUUGACUUUAAUAUAAAUGAAUAAAGUAGUAUUUUUCAUCCUGA